AUGUCCGUGGUACCUACCCACCCUGCUCUCAGGCACCUGGGAACCAGGGCCUCACGUGACCCGUCACGUGACCCUCCAACUUCACCCAAACUGAAAAUUUCAGUCUCGAGCUUCAGGCUCAGAGGGCUAACUCGCUACCCGCCUUCUUCAAAUCCUCUGGUCUUAUCCCAUAAAUUUGAUGAAAUUCGGCGUCCAAUUAGGGCCGUAAAUGCUCUGAGCCAAGAAGGGUCGUUACAAGAGCUCGAUGAUACGCCGGUCUCGGUGGAGCUCGUGCCGAUUUCCGGCGAGACCCAGUUCGACCGGGUCAUGGCCCAAGCGCAGCAGCUGGAGGAAUCGGUCGUUGUCGUUUGGAUGGCAAGCUGGUGCAGAAAAUGUAUAUAUUUGAAACCAAAAUUGGAGAAGCUGGCAGCUGAGUACUAUCCAAGAUUGCGGUUCUAUUCUGUUGAUGUCAAUUCAGUUCCACACAAGCUUGUUGCUCGUGCUGAGGUCACUAAGAUGCCAACUAUACAGCUGUGGAAAGAUGGCAAGAAACAAGCUGAGGUGAUCGGUGGUCACAAGGCAUAUUUAGUCGUUAAUGAAGUUCGUGAGAUGAUUGAAAAUGAGGAUGACACGUGA